AGUCUCGCGAGCUUUGUGUCAGUAACAGUUGAUUAUAAUGUCAGUGCUGUCCAAUUCCCCAGCUAAGAGCAGCAGCUGCAGGCUGCAUUUCACUGAAAUAGUAAGUGAUUCCGAGUCCUUACAAACUUUAUCAUCUCUGUGGCUGGGGAACAGGACAUCAGGAUGAACAGCAUUGGAACUUCUAUACCCAUCGUAUUUCUUGUUAGUCUUCUAAUACUCUGUACACUCAUCCGGAAAUCUCAAACUGAAGAUGACAUCAUUGUUACAACCAAGAAAGGAAAAGUUAGAGGGCUGCAACUCCCAGUACUUGGUGGCACAGUGACAGUGUUUCUUGGUAUUCCCUAUGCAGAGCCUCCCAUUGGUCGACUCCGAUUCCGAAAGCCGCGGCCCCGGAGCAAGUGGUCUGAUAUUUGGGAUGCCACCAAAUAUUCCAACUCUUGCUAUCAAAACAUUGAUGAUAGUUUUCCUGGAUUUGCAGGAUCUGAGAUGUGGAAUCCAAACACGGUACUUAGUGAAGACUGUUUGUAUCUUAAUGUUUGGGUUCCAUCUCCCAAACCCAAAAAUGCUACAGUCAUGAUCUGGAUCUAUGGAGGUGGUUUUCAGUCUGGGACAUCAUCUUUACAUGUUUAUGAUGGCAAAUUUUUGGCUCGAGUUGAAAGAGUAAUUGUGGUCUCAAUGAACUAUAGGGUGGGUGCCCUUGGAUUUUUGGCUUUGCCAGGAAAUUCAGAGGCCCCAGGAAACAUGGGGUUAUUUGAUCAGCAGCUGGCUCUUCAGUGGGUCCAGGAAAAUAUAGCAAUUUUUGGUGGGAAUCCUAAAAGUGUAACUCUGUUUGGAGAGAGUGCGGGGUCUGCUUCAGUCAAUUUUCAUAUUCUUUCUCCUAAAAGUCACCCAUUAUUUACUAGAGCCAUUCUCCAAAGUGGGUCUGCAAAUGCCCCAUGGGCAGCAAUAACACCUUCAGAGGCUAGAAACCGAACAUUGCAUUUAGCAAAAUCCCUUAGUUGUUCCAGAGGAAAUGAGACUGAGCUAAUUAAAUGUCUUCGAAAUAAAAAUCCUCAGGAAAUACUAGAGCAUGAAAAUGUCAUUCUUUCCUCUGGUUAUCUAAAAACCAAUUUUUGUCCAACUGUGGAUGGUGACUUUCUCACAGACAUGCCAGACAGCCUCAUCCAGUGGGGAGAUUUUAAACAAACACAAAUAUUAGUGGGAGUUAAUAAAGAUGAAGGAACAUCAUUUUUGGUCUAUGGUGCUCCAGGAUUCAGUAAAGAUAAUGACAGUAUGAUAAGUCAAAAGGAAUUCCAAGAAGGAAUAAAAGAGUUUUUCCCAGGAGUGAGUGAUCUAGGAAUGGAAUCCAUACAGUUUCACUACACUGGCUGGUCAGAUGACCAGAUUCCUGAAAAUUUCCGUGAUGCAAUGGAUGAUAUCAUUGGAGAUUAUAAUUUUAAAUGCCCUGCUUUGGAGUUUGCCAAAAAAUUCUCUGAACGAGGGAAUGAUGUGUUUUUCUACUAUUUUGAGCAUCGGUCAUCCAAAAAUGCUUGGCCUGAAUGGAUGGGAGUCAUGCAUGGUUAUGAAAUUGAAUUUGUUUUUGGCUUACCUCUGGAAAGAAGAGUUAAUUACACAAAAGCAGAAGAAAUUCUGAGCCGCUCCAUCAUGAGAAGCUGGUCCAGUUUUGCAAAAUAUGGAAAUCCAAAUGGGACACAGAACAAUGCAACUAGAUGGCCAGUCUUUGGUAACAUAGAACAAAAAUAUGUAACCCUGAACACAGAAUCACCAAAAACAUUUGCAAAAUUACGUGCCCAGCAAUGCCGAUUCUGGAAAACUUUUUUCCCAAAGGUCUUGGAAAUGUCAGGAAAUAUCGAUGAAGCAGAGCGUGAAUGGAAAGCAGGAUUCCGUCGCUGGAACAGUUAUAUGAUGGAUUGGAGAAAUCAAUUUAAUGAUUACACAAGCAAGAGGGAGAACUGUGCAGGUCUCUAAUUAAUAGGCCUGGCCUUUCAGGAAUGUUCCUAUUUCUGUGCAUCAAGGCAAAUGGGCUGGUAGCUAACUUGUGAGCCUCAAAAGGUAGCUGUUCUAUAGCUAAACCCAAAUGCCAAAAGGACAAUAUUGAUUCCUCACAUUUCUGCUUUGUAUUUUGCCUUUUGUUUCAGAAAACAAUCCAUUUUGGCAGACCAAACUCAAAUGUACACAUUCAAGCUUGACCAUGAAUUUAUGGGCAAAUUUCAACUUUUAGAUAUUUAAAAUUCCUCUUGCUAGAGGUCUUUUAAGCUUUAAAAAAAUUAUGUUUGCAGAAUUUUCACAUACAUUCUCCUCAUUGAAAAACAAUUAUUUUAUCAUUGUUAGAUUUUUUUUUUUUGCUACUGUGUCUCACUAUCUUGCUUAGGGUGGAAGAUCGGUGCCCUCUCCAGGGCUCAAUCCUACUGCUGAUUGGUACAAAAAUGUUGACCUGCUGUUUUUUUAUCUGAGCUGAUUUUUCCUCUCCCUAAGUAUCCAGUUGCCCUCCUCCAACUCCCAUGGGCUCACUAUCUUGUUAGUGGACUUAGGAUAGAUAGUCAGUCAGAUUUACUGUCAGAACCGUAGAGCUCCAACUGUCCAGCAAUCUCUGCUUCCUGAGCAACGUGGACUACAGGCAUGCACAAUCAUGCCCAACUUUCUAUUAGAGCUCAUAAAUAUUAGGUUUUCUCUUUCAAGUAUCUUUUUUCAAAGGGUUGAGAGAUGACGAGGAUCUCAGAGAUGAUUUAGUACAAUGCUUCAUUUUUCACUAUGAGGAACUCAAGCCUAGAGAUUGAAAGCCAUUUACCCAAGUUCUCAGCUAUAGUAAAAUAGCAGGACCAAGAUCUUCACUACCCAUCUAGGUCUUCUGACUUCCAGUGUACCAUUAUUUCUCUAACAUCAUUAUGUCGUGUUCUGGUUAAAUUAAAUAGUAAGUGAUAAUUUGUCACAAUGAAAACAUCCCCCCAAAUUCCAAACAGUAUUUGAAGGAAUAAAACAUACACAGUUAUCACAAAAAUCAAUUUUGAUUGUGUUAAUGAAUAAUAAGUUAUUAAAGCCUGAACCAUCUAAAUUUACUUCAUUAUUUUGUUGGCUCUGAAAUCUCAUCAAUGUGAAUCCUUAGAACAAUGGCACUGAUCAUGGCGCACACACUUCCUGAACCUUUGUAAUUCUUGAUUGUUGCCUACUUUCUCCUAAAAAUUAGCUCCCUCCCUGAUGUGCCAGAGAUAGCGCAUAUGGUAGAUUUUUCUGGGCUUUUCAGCCAUUAGAAUGCAAUUUCCUUGAGAAUAGGAAUUACUAUAUCAUUUUUAUUUUAAUUCCCAGAGCUUAGUAGAGUGUCUAGAAUUAAGAAACACUUAAAACAUGUUCAUAAUAGAUUAGUUGAUUAAAUCCAUCUAUCUAUCUCUCUAGCUAAAUUUUAGGAAGUUAAAGGAUUCCAAAUAUCUAUAAAAUCCAAAAUGGUUGCAAUAAUACUUCUUUACCUUUACACUGUAUAAAUAUGCAUGUUUGUACAUGCGCACACACACACACACACACUACAUAGUAGAGCAUUUUGAAUAAAAGAAUUGAAAAGUAUGGAAUCAAAAAUGGAGAAAAAGAAUCCAUAAAACUAUUAAAGGUGCUAAAGUCAAGAUGUCUCUUUACCAGGAAAUACUAAGAUUUCAUCUGAGAAAUAGUCAUCAUUUCUACAGAAAAUAUCUCAAAGUCACAAUCAUUUUAUUUCUGCUCUAUGUAAUAAUUCUGGUGAUAAUUUGGGCAUAAGCAAGCUUCACUGAUAAAAAGAAUAUAGCAAUAGGAAAAUAACAUUAUCUUCUUACUAAAACAUAAUAUCUAAGCAAAAUACACCUGUCCUGAUCCCUCUGAAAACAUUUUAUUUAAAAAUUAAAUUUUAUAUCAAUAUGUUUCCAAAAAAGCUUUUUUUAGGCAAAGCUAGAAUACUUUUUGUAUAGAUACAAUCUCUAAAAUUCUAAUUACAUACUGCAUUUCAGAAGUAUUCAUAAAAUUCUAGUUAGAAAAACCUGUUUCAUUUUUAAAGGAACUAUUUCUUAUUUUACCCAUUGAGACACUGAAUGAAGAAUUAUUAAAUAACCCUGUUCAAGGUGAAAGGCAUCAUCAUGUAUUAAACAGAUUUAAGAAUCUGGACUAGGGCUCAAUUAACACCUCUGACACAAACUGACUGUGUGGCCCUAGGCAAGUAAUUUACCCUCCCCAUCCCAGGAAAUUUCCAGAAGGAAUGGAAAUGUAUAUUGAUAGAAGAAAUUUUUUCAACUUUAGUUGUAGUUAGCUCUACAUGAACCAGAUCACCUUAUCUGGAAAACAAACAUAGAAAAAUAUAUAGAUAUAGAUAUAUAGAUAUACAGAUAUAUUUUAUACACACAUAUGUAUAGGUAAACAUGUGUAUAUGUGUUAUAUAUAAUAUGAAAAGAUUUUAAAUAUUAUUUCUGGCUUUCAUAUACUUGUAAUCUAAGAAGGCAAUAUAAUUAAUAUAAAUUCUUAUAAUUUGGAGGUGGGAAGAGAUUGAGGAUUCAUAAGCUAAAGUUUGUGAAUAUGUGAUUGGAAUAUUUUGAUAACUAAAUUUUUAUAUAAUCAGUUUCUUCUGUAAUGCUAUACAUUUUAUGCAUUUAAAAAAUAGCAUUCUGAGGAAGCGUCCUCAAGUUUUACCUGCUUUUCAAAGUGGGCAAUGACAGAAAAAAUGAAGAAUGCCUUUCUGGCUUAGAUGAUCUCUUUAGUCUCUCCUUGUGUUCUCAAUUUCUCUGUCUCUCUUGUCUCUCUGUGGUUAUAUACAAAUUUUUUCCUAUAUACAUUUAUACAUAUAUAUGACCAUAGAUACCUUAAUAUGUAUAUUUUCAUGCACUUGUAGCAAAAGGAUUAUAAAAUGUUAAAAUCUGAAGAGAUCCUAAAAAUCAUCAAACUUAAACACCUUUAUAUUUAAUAGGUGACUCAGAGUCCACAUUGCUUUCUCCAUUUCAAAAAGAUAAUUAAUAGAAGUGGUUAGACUUGUACCCAUUAUUUUUCAACAAGAAUCUAUUAUUUACUUGAAAAUCUAGUCACAUGCCUAAGAAACAUAUUUAGCCAUGAUUCUACAAACAACAAAUUCUACAAUCUCCAUUCAAGUUAGCAAUGAGUAACACAACAAAAAAUAAUGUCAAUCCACUGUCUCUAGCUUAAGAUUAAAAUGCACAAAAGCUCAAGAGAAGGAAUAAAGGUCAUGGGCAUUU